GCUGAUCCUGAGCCGACAUGAGCCGACAUGUAAAUUGUAAAUUAAUCCUCAACUUCAAGCCAUACUCUUGUAACUAAUUUUUAUAAAUAUUUGUUAAGUAUACCCGGAGGAGACCAUAUUAGUGUCGGCUGCUCACUGUAACCAGAUCUGCAAGCUAUCCCCUACCAGCCCACCUCUGGAGAUGUGCUGCUGCAGAAAAUUGGGUGAACCUGGAACUUGUAGAGACACAAGCUCUUACUGUGGACCAAACAAAGGAGAAAAUGCAGAGCUGCGCCCGGCUCUAAAAGAAGAUCUGCAAAUUGUUUGCGGAGAAUUCUCCCUUGAACUAACUCCAGAAGAGUUCAGCCAGGAGGAAGAGGUUGUUCUUAAAAUUGAGAAGAUAACCAACCAUCCCCGCUAUGAUGAAAGUAAGGGUCCCAUUGAAGGAUUUGAUAUUUCUGUAUAUCAUGUAUCAAACCCACAGGCUUUAGUACCUCAGUUGGAUCCAAAAACCAGAAACAUUGUGCCCGCAUGCUUACCCGUACUUGACGAUAAUGAAUAUUAUAAUGAAAAUGGGAUUUUUGCUGCAUGGGUUGACCCAGAGCCUACGUUCAAAACUGCUCUAACAAAUCUGGCAAAAUAUAUAUUCGAUAAUAUGCUUACGAAAGAAACAUUAUUGACAAAGGUUCCAUGUUCUGAUCCUGGUUGGAUGGCAUCAGAUACCUAUUAUCCUCAUGCAACCACAUGCUAUAAAGAUGAUAAAGAAGAAAGUUGUCUUACGUUUGGAAACUCUGGUUCUCCGAUAGUCCGGAGAUUGAAUAAAAGAGGAACAGAAGAAUACCAAAGAUUUUCUUGGGUGGGUACACUGUCUAUGUCCAAAGGAUGUGACCAGACCACUGUGAGUCGAAGAGCAAGUGCCAGAUAUCCGGGUAUAGACAUUGAAUUUUUUAAUCUGAAGUCAAGUAAUCCGGGAGUUUUCACAGAUGCUAGAUGUUAUCUUGACUGGGUUGCAGAACAGUAUGGAUAUAAGGCCCCAUAUGGUUGGAAGAAGCCUAGAUCCUGCUCUAUACCAAUUGGUGGCAAGAACGAUAGAAAUAAGACUGACUGUAAGAGUUUAUCUGUAAAAAGUCAACAAGUUCGCCAAUGCCAAUUUGGAAAAUUUGGUUCAACAGAUUUUGAGUGUAAGCUUGAAGAAUUUGAAGGAUACUCCUACAAUGUUUGGCGGUGCAAUGAUACAAAGAAUGAACCGGCAAUCUGCGCCAACAAUUGCAGGGGUGUUGAUCCCAAAGCAGUGAUAGCUGGAGGAAUUGCUGUAAUAGCAGCUACAAGUGCUUCAGGAUCUGUACUUGGCCCAGUUCUGGGAGCUGGGGGAAUAGGGAUUGCAGGGUUAUCCACAAAAUACGAGACUACAGAGAAAACUAGCUGUAAUAGUUUAUAUUUCGGCUUUGUUAUCACAUUCACAGUGCAGCCGUAG